UCCCCCGAAUCCCCCAAAUUCCCGAUUUUCCCCCCCAAAAUUCCCCAUUUUCCUGUCAAAUUCCCAUUUUUCCCAGCCCCGGUUCGGUGCCGCAGCUUUUGGGGCUCCCAGGAGCUCUCGGGGUCCUCGCGGGGCCCUCGGGGGCGGCUGCGGCAGCGCCUGCGCAGAGCGGCCGCGCGGCUGCUGCUGCCCCAGGGCUUCCCCGAGAGCGUCAGCCCCGACUACGGCCAGUACCAGUGCUGGGACGGGCUGCAGGCUCUCUGCUCCUCCCUCUGCUCCUCGCUCUCGGCCCGCGCCGUCCUCGAGGCCGUCGGGGUCGGCGACGGCGCCGCCUCCGUCACCGGGGCCGCGCUCACCUGGCUGCUGCGAGACGGGGUCGGGAUCGUCACCAGGAUCGGCUUCGUGUGGCUGCAGGGGAGCCACCUGGACUGCGAGGCCAAGCAAUGGCGGUUCGUGGCGGAUAUUCUCAAUGACGUCGCCAUGGUGCUGGAAAUCCUCGCUCCCCAUUGGCUGAGCCUUGGCCCCGCCCUCCUGGUCAUGGCGGCUGCAGCCAGGUGCGUGGUGGGCGUGGCCGGCGGUGCCACCAGGGCGGCCCUGGCCGUGCACCAGGCCCGGAGGGACAACGUGGCCGACGUGGCCGCCAAGGACAGCAGCCAGGAGACGCUGGUGAACGGGGCGGGGCUGUUGCUGUCGCUGUUGCUCCUCCCGCUGCUGGACGGGCGGCCAUGGCUCACCUGGGCCACCCUGGUGCUGCUCCUGGCCGCUCACCUGGGCUCCAACCUGGCCGCCCUGGGCUCGCUCACCCUCACCUCCCUGAACAGGCCCCGCCUCCGCCUCGCCAUUGGCUGGGCCCUGCGAGGGGGCGGGGCUAAAGGGGAAAGGGGCGUGGUGUGGGAAGGAGUGGGCGGGGUCAAGCUGGAGCUGCCCACGCCCCAACAGGUGAAUCCAAGGGAGCCGCUGCUGCCAGGGUUCGGUUCCCGCCUGCGGCUCCACCUGGGGGCGCCCCUGGAGCACCUGGUGAGCAGCGAGGCCGAGCUGCGGAAAGCUCUGGAAUGCGGCGGCCGCGAUUACAUCAUCGUGCUCCGCCCCUCCCGAGGCUGGGUGGGGGUGGGGCUCCGCCGCGAGGCCCCGCCCACCUCGCUGCUCCUGGCCUGUGCCCAGGCCCUGCUGCUGGAGCAGCUCCUGGGGGCGGGGCUUGGCCAGGCCACGCCCCUGGGGCGGAGCCUGCAGCCCCUGCAGAGGAAACUCCGCAGCUGCCCGCCGGGCGCGGUUCCCUGGGGGGUCCUGGCCGAGACCUCGCGGCUCUUCCGGGACCUGGGCCCCGCCCUCCUGCGAGGACUGGAGGCCGCCGGCUGGGACACGCGGCGCCCCCUGCUGGCCGUGGACGAGUGGCGCCUGGAGUGGGCGGAGCCACAGCCAGGCCACGCCUCCUGAGCAGAACCACGCCCCCCAAUGCCAAGCCACGCCCACUUUUGGGAUUAAAGGGGACGGAACGGCCCCGGAAAAUAAAAAUUUUCUGGAA